AUGGCAGCAAGCUAUCCAGAAAAGGCUUCACCAGAGCAGCAAAGAGAGACAACAACGUUUAUGCAACUAUUUGGCAAGAUGUACCCUUGCUGGGUAUGCGCCGAUGAUUUCAGAGCAUGGAUGAAAGAUGGCAACGAGCCGCGAGUGAGCAGCAGAGAAGACUUUGGACAAUGGAUGUGUGAGGCACACAAUGCCGUCAAUGUCAAGCUGGGCAAGAAUUCGUUUGACUGCAAGAAGUGGGAAGAGCGAUGGAGGACGGGCUGGAAGGAUGGACGAUGUGGUUGA